ACAGUAUUAGUAUUGAUAAGAGAAAUGUAUUUUUGUGUUUUAAUUAAUAAAAUAAAGGAAAGGCAGAGGAGUGUGACGAGCGAUAGGGGACAGAAGAAGCCACUGACCAGAAGUGAUUCAAAUAUGUUUGGAGAUAAUACUCAACAGGGGGUGAGCCCCAUAUCAUUCCAAAUAACUCCAAUCUCUAAUCAACACCCGUUACUCGUUAUGAUUAACCCUAAGAGUGGUGGCCGACAGGGAUUAAGAAUUCUGCGGAAAUUCCAAUAUUUACUGAAUCCACGGCAAGUGUAUGACAUCGCGAAAGGAGGUCCCUCUCAGGGCUUACACUUCUAUAAGGAUGCGCCCAAUUUUCGUGUGUUGUGUUGCGGUGGAGACGGAACUGUGGGAUGGAUUCUGGAUACAAUUGAUAAAAUGAGUUUUCCGAAAUUGCCGCCAAUCGCUAUCCUUCCGUUGGGAACUGGCAAUGAUUUGGCUCGUUGUCUGCGAUGGGGACCGGGAUAUGACAACGAGAGCCUCAAUAAAAUCCUCAAGAAAGUCGAGGAGUCGAGUAUAGUGAUGAUGGAUCGCUGGAAGAUCGAGAUCAGCAGCUCUGACAAUGAAAAGGAAAAGGGAGAUCCCAUCCCAAGUAAUAUAUUCAACAACUACUUCAGUAUCGGAGUCGACGCGUCGAUUGCCAUUAAGUUUCAUUUGGAGCGCGAGAAACAUCCGGAGAAGUUCAACAGCCGUAUGAAGAACAAGAUGUGGUACUUCGAGUUCGCCACCAGUGAGACAUUCUUCGCCACCUGCAAGAACCUGCACGAAGACAUUGAUAUUAUGUGCGACGGAACUCAACUCGACUUAAAGAAUGGUCCAUCACUUCAGGGCAUCGCUGUGUUGAACAUCCCCUCGAUUUACGGCGGAUCCAACCUAUGGGGCGAUACCUCGAGUCAAAAGAGUCGAAAUAAAAUACUAAACCGGAAGCGACGACGAGAUAGGGAGCACUCGAGCAACAGCCUGUCCAGCAUUGAU